AAACUCCGUAGUACUCCAUAAUAAUAUUCCGUAACUUUAAAAAGUGAUUUUGACCAUCAACCAUCAUACAUAUCGCCCCCCAUAUAGCUCUCCUCACUCCUCCACGAAAAUGGCCGAUUCCGAUGAUGAAUAUAUUGGAGAAAUUACGGAUGAGGAAGACAUUGCUUUGCAAGGGUCUCGAGGGGGGCCACCUGUUUCCCGUUCAAAAAGGAGGAAACAACGCGGAGGUGCGGAAUGGGAGGUCUCAAGAACUUGGGAGACGUUAGUCGAAGGUGCAGACGGCACGAUCAGCUCUACAGUUGACGGGCUUCUCGAGGCUGGAAAAAGAAAGAGACUUCUUAGAGACACAACUCCACUGCAGCGUGGCAUAAUCCGACAUUUGAUUCUUAUCCUAGAUCUCUCACAAUCCAUGUUGGAGAAAGAUCUACGCCCAACCCGAUACCUUCUUACUCUUCGAUAUGCCCAAGAAUUUGUGAGGGAGUUUUUUGAGCAGAACCCUAUCUCUCAACUAGGUGUCCUUGGUCUAAAUGAUGGCUUGGCAAUCAGAAUAAGUGAUAUGAGCGGCAAUCCCACCGAACACAUUAGUGCCAUACAAACACUCAGAACCCAGGACCCAAAGGGUCUACCAAGUUUGCAAAAUGGACUUGAAAUGGCUCGUGGUGCCCUCUUUCAUACUCCAAGCCACGGCACGCGAGAAGUCCUUAUCAUUUUCGGUUCCCUCCUUUCCUCUGAUCCUGGUGACAUUCAUCAAACAAUAACCACCCUCAUUAAUAAUAAAAUACGAGUUGGGAUUGUUGGCCUUGCUGCUCAGGUCGCAAUAUGCCGUGAGCUCUGUGCCAAAACCAAUGGCGGCGAUGACACCGCCUAUGGGGUGGCACUAAAUGAGCAACAUUUUCGUGAAUUAAUGAUGGAUGUAACCACGCCACCAGUUACAUACUCCCAAAAACAAUCUGCAAGCUCCCUAUUGAUGAUGGGAUUUCCAUCUCGUACGGUUGAAACCUGCCCCUCUCUUUGCGCCUGCCAUUCGAACCCUUCUUGCGGGGGGUAUUUAUGCUCACGUUGCAGCAGCAAAGUCUGUGGUCUUCCUGCUGAAUGCCCUUCCUGUGGUCUCACAUUGAUUCUUUCAACUCAUCUCGCUCGGUCUUACCAUCAUUUAUUUCCUCUAAUGAAUUGGGUAGAGGUUCCAUGGCAGCGUGCCUCGCGAAGCUCUGCAUGCUUUGCCUGCGGUAUUGCAUUUCCUCCCGUCCCUUCCAAGGAGCAAUGGCAAACAACAGAGAACCAUGCCAGGGGAAUUAGCGUGAGCAGUCGAUAUGAAUGCACUGCGUGUGAGCAUCAUUUCUGUAUUGAUUGCGACCUCUUUGCUCAUGAAAUUGUGCAUAAUUGCCCUGGCUGUCAAAGCAAAAACACACUGCCACUAAAAAUUAAUUCUGCUAAGAGCCACACAGGUACAGACCAAAUGGAUACUACAGUGUAGCUUUUGCUGUCUUUUUCUUUUGAAGGUGAAAUUAUUCAUAUAAAUAGGUACUGCAUGGUUUGGCGUUGGUUAGGCUUAUGGUAAUAAUGCUUCUUUUUAGAAAUAGUAUUAAGUAGAAAAGGCAGACAGCACUCCUGUGGGCAAGUAUGAGUCCAAACCGUACGCGGAAUUUCAAGUUAUGGCUGUUAUGGCUCUCAAGAAUUCCCUAAAAUGUGACCUGCUCAAACAAGAUAAGUGGAGGUCAAUACGUUGAUGAUCAUGCCAGUAAACCAGCAUUGAAUAAGUCACUACCACAGACCAAAGCAUCUUCAAUAAAAAUCAGAAUAUGGGCAGAAGAUUUUGAAUAUAGGAG